UGACACCCUGACAUCCCGCGCGUCAUUGGCCUGACGUCACCAUGGUGCGCACCCCACCAGCCGUCCUGUAUAUAUACAGACCGCAUCCUGGUUUCUCCUAAACAUCGUUUCCCUCCAUCUCACGACUUGCUACGACUUACGACACACGACAUAUUCCCCGCUGUUUCGAAUUAUUUGACACGAUGCCUUUGUUCAAGAGCAAGGCUCAAAAGGCUGAGCAGGCCCGUGCCGCCGAUGCUCAACACCACCAUCACGACGUGAAUGACCACAACACCGCUCAUCAAGGCGCUGGUGUUCCCCAAGGUGCUGUUGCUCCUCAGGGUGCUGGAGGUCUCCAGGGUGCCGGUGCUCCUCAGGGCGCUGGUGUUCCUCAGGGCGCUGGUGUCUCUCAAGGUGCUGGUGGUCGCGGUGUCGGUGCGAACGACUACGCGCAAGACAAUACUGGUGCUGGCCAGCGUCACGGAGGUGGGGGCUACAAUCAGGACAACGUCAACCAACACCAAGCUGGUGCCGGUCACACCGGCACUGGCCACCACCACCAAAGCAGGCCCGUCGACCGCGCAGAGCAGCAUGUCGAGAACGCCAUCGGCGCGCGUGCCAUACGCAACCAGGUCGGUGACAAGCAGCAUGAAGUCAAUGCCAUACAGGCCCAGAGCGCGGAGCUCUCGGAGGCUGAGCGCCUUGAGCGUGAGGCGAAGAUGCACCGUGACCGCGCCGUAGCUGGUGGCGCACACCCUGGCAACCAGCAACUCGGCGCUGGCUGGGUGAACUGAGCAACUUGAUGGAAAUACAUUGAAUGGAAGGCCGUUGUAUGAUAUUGUAGCCUUGUAGCAUACUCAAACGAACCAUGUACUAUUCGUACCUUGACUGUGCGAU